GUGGCACAUCUUCUUGGGUUCACACAAGCUUUUCUUCUAAUUUCAAUGUUCACAUCAUAAGCAUGCUGACUUAUAACACAAACAAACAAACACACACCUUGACCUUUCUCUCUCCUUCACCGCGUACAAUCCUUGACCCAAGCCAAAUGUUAAAACACUUUUACUACUCCUAAUCACACGUAAGUAACUUCACAAACCAUUUUUGGAUUUUGAAUUUUCAUUCAAAGAAAGACAUGUCUCUUGCUUCAUCUGAUCACAACAACAUCAAGGGAGUUCUUACUCAUGGUGGACGAUAUGUUCAGUACAAUAUCUAUGGUAACAUCUUUCAAGUCUCCAGCAAGUAUGUCCCUCCUAUUCGUCCUGUUGGAAGAGGAGCUUAUGGUAUUGUCUGUGCUGCUGUAAAUGCGGAGACACGGGAAGAAGUUGCAAUUAAGAAGGUUGGCAAUGCAUUUGACAACAGAAUCGAUGCCAAAAGGACCUUACGAGAAAUUAAACUUCUCCGGCACAUGGAUCAUGAAAAUGUGAUAGCCCUUAAGGACAUUAUACGACCACCACAGAUGGAAAAUUUCAAUGAUGUGUACAUUGUUUAUGAGUUAAUGGAUACUGAUCUGCAUCAAAUAAUUCGUUCCAAUCAACCAUUGACUGAUGAUCAUUGUCGGUAUUUUCUAUAUCAGUUGUUACGAGGACUGAAAUAUGUACACUCAGCAAAUGUUCUGCACCGUGAUCUAAAGCCUAGCAACUUGCUACUCAAUUCCAACUGUGAUCUUAAGAUUGGAGACUUUGGUCUAGCUAGAACCACGUCCGAAACCGAUUUCAUGACUGAGUAUGUGGUUACUCGAUGGUACCGAGCUCCAGAAUUGCUUCUCAAUUGUUCAGAAUAUACUGCCGCCAUUGAUAUAUGGUCUGUUGGUUGCAUCCUUGGAGAAAUCAUGACAAGACAACCCCUAUUUCCGGGAAAAGAUUAUGUUCAUCAGCUCAGAUUGAUCACCGAGCUCAUAGGUUCACCUGAUGACACCAGCCUUGGAUUUCUACGAAGUGAUAAUGCUCGUAGAUAUCUAAAACAGCUUCCUCAAUAUCCAAGGCAACAAUUUGCUGCUAGGUUUCCCAGCAUGUCUGCUGGUGCAGUUGAUUUGUUAGAGAAGAUGCUUGUUUUUGAUCCGACUAGGCGCAUUACAGUUGAUGAAGCUCUACGCCACCAAUACUUGGCACCUCUCCAUGAUAUUAAUGAGGAACCUGUUUGCUCUAUACCUUUCAAUUUUGAUUUUGAGAAACCAUCUUUCACUGAACAAGAUAUCAAGGAUCUAAUUUGGAGAGAAACUGUUAAGUUCAAUCCUGGUCCACCUAUUUAUUGAGAUUUUGUACUUUACAUUCUAUCUGUAUAGUUAAAUAUUUUAUGACUGAUUUACAAUACUACUGGCAAAUUAGUCUCCACUAAAAUAUGAAAAAUUAUUGGAUAUAUUGAGCCCUUUUUUUUGCCAAAUAAUAUUGACAUUCUCUUCUCACCA